UUUGUGUACCAUUUUACGUUGUCAUUAUCAUAAUUCAAGGGAACAGUUAUUCAAUAUAAUUUUUAGUUUAAUUAACAAGCUGCUUGGUUAAAGUUUACAUUGAGUAAAGUUGAUUGAGUUGUAGGCAAGACACGAUUUAUUCGAAAUGAUUUCUUCACCAGAACGACCAAUGAAACGUCGCACCGGCGGAUUGUACCAUGGAGCUCAUGCUCCUAAAGUUACCCUGACUGAGGAUCAAGUAGAAGAGAUUCACGAUGCCUAUAUCGCUAAUCCUCAUACAUACCUCCCGAAGUAUUCAGCUCAGAGGAUACCAGUGACAAAACCCAUCUACGUAUGUGAAGAUAAAGAAGCUUGUCUGUAUGCUCAUAACAAAUUACGAUCGUACCACAGCGUUGAAACAUUAGCUUGGGAUGAAAGACUGGUGAAAGACUCGAAGAAUUGGGCAAUUUAUUUACUGGAGAAUGAUUAUUUUGAACAUGAUAGCUGUUACCCUGAUGGUGAGAAUUUGUAUUUAAUGCCAUCAGAUCCUAAUUGGAAUCGCAUCUAUCAAGCUGUUCAAAUGUUUUACGAAGAAAUUGCGAAGUACAAUUUUGAACAUCCUGAAAUUUAUGAAACAAACGAACAAGCAUUUAAACAGAUUGGUCAUUUUUCCCAAAUUGUUUGGAAGGAAACAAACAAAAUUGGAUCUUGCGUGGCUUUUGAUAAUGCAUCAAAGAAGACCAUAAUUGUUUGUAGAUAUAAUAUUGGACAGAGUUAUGACUUUUCCACUCAAGUUCCGCAGCAAGUUGUAAAUGAUAAUGGCGAAUUAUUCAUUCCACAAUGCGAAGAUCUUAUCUGGGAAAACGAUGUUAAGCCAACCUUGCAUCGAGUGGAUCACUACAUGAUGUAACAACCUUGCAUCAAGUGGAUCACUACAUGAUGUAACUUGUUUGUUAAGUAUACCAUAUUGAUACAAUAAGUUGGUUCUAAACACUAAAUGAUAAUGGCAAUUUUUGAAAAUACAAACAUGUACAACCCACUUUAUUAAUUUUUGAAAAAAAGAUAAAAUUUCCCUUGCU